AUGACGUUCCUUGGUCCUUCUACCACUAAGAAAGUCAAGGGCAUAAAAUCCUCUAUUCAAGAGGAUAUAAGACGACCACUCGCCCUCCUUAGUCAAAAUAUUAACCGCGCAAAGCCCACUACCGAAAGCUCCAGCUCCUACGUAACCAACGAAUCCAAGAAAGCCAUAUCCGUCUUGAUAAACCAGCAUGAGCAAGCCAAGUCUGAGCUCGAGAACCACAAAUCAUCCGAGUCGAAAAUGAAGAAUGAAGUCGAAGAACUGCGCACACAAAUCCAGGAGCUUCAUGAUACCAUCAAACAUGACCAGGAUGAUCUGAGAGAAUUGAAUCAAAUUAUCGAGGGGGGCAUGCAAGGAUCCUCUACUGUUCCUGAUACACAGGAAGCCCUUUUCGAAAAGCUAAUUGCCAGGGAAACUGUUAUUGAUCGAGAAAUCUUCAAUCUCCGCGAUGAUAAAGUUAUUUCGAGAGCUGAACUCUGGUUUGCUGCUGUGGGAAGAGUAGACGAAUCAGUUGAACAUCUUGAUCAAGCUAGCCGAGAUAGGAACCUAGCAAUGCGCAAGGAAAUGUAUAUUAGAACCAAGCGUUCUAUUGCUCAGAACACAAGAGCUGCGCUAUUAUCAACAAAAGAGGAUAUUCGAAAGCAGAAACUCGACAUAUUCCGCAAUGAUAAUGUCGAAGGCCACGUACCACUUGCUCCUCCUUCGCCUAUUUCCAUAGAUAGCGAUCAGGUCUCCUUUGUAGCGGGAACUCCACUUGGUGAUCCUUUUGUCGAGAACGCUUCGCAAAAUCGAGAUGACUCUUGGGCUACAAUCGAUGGGGGAGAAUCCUCUUAUGUACUGAGUCGUAUCUUUAGUGAGGACAAUCGGACAGUACAAGACAGUCGUAGAACAACUAUCAGCAGAGAACAAUCUUCCAACGUCCUGAGUGGUAUAUCUGGUCAAGACACGCAGACAGUAGAAGACAGUCAUAGGGCAACAAUCGAAGAGAACCGAUCUCUCAGACUCCAAAUCCAGACUACGGAGCGAAAAGUCCAAGAAUGGGAGGGAAAUUUCGAUCGCUUUAAACUUGAAACUCAAGCCAAAAUUCAAAGACUAGCAUCUGAAGUUUCUUUUGGUGAAGACUCUCUUCAAGAGUACAAGAACGCUUUAGAAGACGCUGAUGAAGUGCGCGGACAACUGGUACAUGAUCUAGCACAGAUAGAAGAAGACAAAGACCGUCUCUGUGUUAUAGUCGAAGAGGUCGGCCUUCCUAUCUUAGCACGAAACGCAGAGAAUAUGAAGCGGAUCAAGCGCGAUGGCGCUUUUACAUCACUCGGCAACAGACACAUUGAUGCACAUCUUGCUUCUAUUCUUCUAUGCGAGAAGGAAAUUGUGAGCGGUCCCGUCAUUAGCCACGAAAUGUUUCUUAGCAUGUAUGGUGUUUCUGUUGGUGAAUACCGUCACUUGUACAAAGUAUCUGAAAGACUGGAUGAGAUGUUCAAUAUGCAUGCUAUGCUUGUAGAAUCUGGUUCUUUUACUGAAAAGACACUUUCCGAGACUCGAGAUUCUUUGUUUCAAAACUUGUUUACACAGGGUUUGCUUCAAUUUGAUGCGAUUGAGGCACCCAACGCGAAGGAUAAAGGUCGUAUUUUCGACUCGCAGGAUGGAGAGGACCAAAUCAAAACAUUCAAUGAAAUGUUGGAGAUUGUGCAGGAUAUCAAGCGAAUGCAGAGGGAUGCAAAAUUAGAACCGGUGCCUGAGCAAUUGGUUUCUGAGGAACCGAGUUCUGAGGAAUCAGGUUCUGAGAAUUCCGUUUCUGAGCCGGUUUCUGAAUCCUGA